AUGGUUAGCUUUGCAACUUACUUAUUCAAGCCUUCUUCUCACCUCAAAAUGGCUCACUAUUUGCUCCUCUGGUUUUUGGCCUCUUCAUGUCUACACGCUAGUGUGAACUCAUGCAUCGGCGAAGAAAGACGUGCGCUUCUCGCCUUCAAAGAAGACGUUACUGAUCCUUCCGGGAGGCUUUCUUCGUGGGUUGGACUUGACUGCUGUCAGUGGAAGGGAAUUUCAUGCAAUAACAUCACGGGUCGUGUUGAAAUGAUGAAUCUCCAGAAUGCGUAUGUGUAUACGCUUUCUGCUUUUGAUGGAGAGUGGGACGAGAUGGAGUACUCUUCUUUGGGUGGUAAGGUAAAUCCUUCUUUGCUUAGCUUGAAACAUUUGAAUUACCUAGACCUAAGCAGGAAUGAUUUUCGAGGGAUUUCCAUUCCCGAGUUCUUUGGUCAGAUUAAAAGUUUGAGGUAUCUCAAUCUCUCAUCUGCUUCAUUUGGAGGAGACAUUCCACCUCAUCUUGGUAAUUUGCAAAACUUGAACUAUCUUGACCUUAGCGAAGAAUCUGGAUACUCCAUGCUUGAACUCCCUUCCGAAAACCUGAAUUGGCUUUUUCGUCUCUCUUCCCUAAAGUACCUCAACCUCAAAGGAUUGGACCUCAGCAACACCGGGGUAAGUUGGCUAAAUGUUGUCAACAUGCUUCCUUUCCUAGUAGAGUUACAUUUGUCAUCAUGCCAAAUUCAAAGCCUUCUACCACUUUCACCAGGAAAUAUUAGCCUUGCAUCACUUUUGAUCCUUGAUGUGUCAUACAACAAUUUGACGUUUCCGUUUCCUGAAUGGUUUUUCAAUCUGGCUAACCUCAGAAAACUUGAUUUAAGCGGAAAUUCUUUGAGUGGUCCCUUUCCAAGUGAAUUUGAAAGCCUCAAAUCACUUGAACACCUUGACUUAUCUUUCAAUAGCCUUGAGGGUCAAAUUCCGAAACUUCUUGGGAAUUUUUGCAAUCUAAAGAUCUUAAAUCUUGCACAAAACCAAUUUGAUGGGGGGAUUCAAGAGCUUUUGGGUGGUUUAUCAAGUUGUCCCAAUAGUGUUUUAGAGUCACUCGAUUUGUCUUCUAAUAUGUUGAAUAGCCAAUUGCCUGCCUCUUUAGGGAUGCUACACAAUUUGAAGUUUCUUACCCUUUACAAUAAUAGUAUGAAUGGGCCAAUUCCUGAAAGUUUAGGGCAACUCUCUCAGCUAGUUCACCUCGAUCUAUCGUUCAAUCCGUGGGAAGGCUUUUUAACUGAAUCCCAUUUCAUAAAUCUCACAAGAUUGAAAUACUUUGCAGUAGGCAGUGUACUUCCACAGCCAAAUCCAUCUAUUCCCCUCACUUUUAAAGUGUUUUAUGAUUGGGUUCCUCCUUUCAUGCUUCACAAAAUUAUCAUUGGCUGCUGUAAAGUAGGUCCUACCUUUGGGUUAUGGCUGCAGUCUCAAACUGAACUCCUUUUUGUCAAACUUCAUGCUACUGGAAUCCUGGAUUCCAUACCCGGGGACUGGUUCUUGAAGAUAUCUUCCCAAGCUCAGUACCUGGAUUUAUCUUACAACCAAAUCCAUGGAAAACUUCCGCUCCAAUUGAAAUUCCCAUAUGCACUGGUUUUGGAUUUGAGUCAUAACCAAUUUGAUGGGCCAUUACCACUUUGGUCGGGUGACAAUGUGGUUCGAUUUAAGCUUGAAAUCAAUUCAUUUUCCGGGCCAAUCCCAUGGAAUUUGGACCAAAAGUUUCCCAAAUUGGAAUCACUCUAUCUUGCAGAAAAUCAUUUGAACGGUACCAUUCCGCCCUCCAUUUGCAACAUGAGAAACUUGUUAGUCCUUUCUCUAAGAAGCAAUCAAUUAUCUGGAGAAUUCCCACGAGAAUGCAGUUUGUUGCCUGACAUACUGAUUCUAGAUGCUGCAUACAACAAUCUCUCAGGCAAGCUUCCUAGUUCAAUGGGUGCCUCGGGUUCUCUUUUCUUGUUGAAGAUGAACAACAAUAAUCUCGAAGGUGAAAUUCCUCUUUCCUUGGAAAACUGCACUUCUUUGAGGAACAUUGAUCUUGGGGACAAUAAAUUUACUGGGAAAAUACCUUCAUGGAUAGGAUUGAAUGCGCCGCUCGUGUCAAUCCUAAGACUGAGGUCGAAUUUUCUAAGUGGACAUAUCCCACAACAGUUGUAUGAUUGGGAUGUCGUUGCGUCUCUAGCUGUGGAGGAAGAAUGGGACGCAGAAGCAUCAUCUUGUUGGUGCUCAGAAAAUGAGGCGUCACCUGACCCAAAAGAGUUUGAAGAUACGUUGCAAGGGAAACUGGGAGACCAAGCUGCCCAAAUCCAAUCAAGUCCAGAUGAGCCUGAAGAUUUGCUUACUGGAGACGAUGUCGACCAAGAAGUACCUAAGACCUCACUUGGAAGCGGUUCGACGAAUACUAAGAUAUGUGAAGAGUACAAUUGA